AUGGCAUCUCCUGAGAACGCCUUGAUGCAGGAGGCCAGCCAAAUGAAAGACCAUACCCUACCCCCCACCACUGAACCCAGCCAGCGAUUCAGUAAGGACCUGAACCUGGGUAUGUUUGAGGUUAAUCAGUUUAGGACACUGGCCAAGGGGAAGUUCUCUCGGAUUUAUCAUGCUAAGGAUCGUGAGACGGGGCUUGAGUACGCCCUGAAGACUAUGAGAAAGACCGAUCUGAUUCUUGGUAGAGUCGAAGAGCAAGCUAGAGGCAGCUUCAAGAUCCAAAGCGAGAUGGAUCACCCAAACGUACUCAGAGUCUUCGGGCAAUUUGAAGGCAAAUAUGAGGAUGAAAGCUACAUAUAUAUCCUCAUGGAGCUAUCCAAAAAGGGGAGUCUGUAUGAUCUCAUGAAACAGAAUAUCGGGCUUCCCGAGCCCCAGGCUGCCAAGCUGGUUGCCCAGUUAGCAAAGGCACUCAAACACAUCCACGGGAAGAACAUCCUUCACCGGGAUAUCAACCCUGAAAACAUUCUUAUCGGAUCUGAUGGAGAGGUGAAGGUUUCAGGCUUCAUCUGGAGCAAGCCCAUGGUAGAUGGCCAUUGCUCAGGAUUGUGCGGGUUGCUGGAUUAUCUCGCGCCCGAGAUGCUAAACGGCGCUGAGAACUACGAUACCAUGAUAGAUGUCUGGUGUCUGGGAGUUCUGACGUUCGAAUUACUUGCUGGAAAAGCUCCGUUUGAAGAUGAUAUGUUGAUGACACAGAAGAGGAUCAAGAACUUGGAUAUGGAAGUUCCCUCAUCUGUGAGUGCAGAGGCCACGGACCUGAUCCACAAGAUCCUCGUUUUGGACCCUCGCAAACGACUCUCUCUGGAAGAAAUUCAACAACACCCUUGGAUUCUUAUGCACAACUAG